GAUUACAGGACAGGCAGCGACAGUCUCCCGUUUCACAAACUUUCUCUAGGUGCUUUUCCUCCUUGAUGUGAAGUAUGGACAUAUCGACGAAACAACAAUUUCGAGCACUCCUUGAGCUCGCACUGUCGGCUUUGUGCUGGUGAAAUGGAGGGCCCUGCCCAGCCUGGCCCCCCAAACGCAGCAGGCUGUCGCUGGGAGAGGCUCCCGCUGCUGGCCCCCGGCGCCCGGCCCCAACAGCAGCGGCAGCCAGUCUGUGGUCCUGAGGCCGCUGUACGUGAAGACGCUGACGGGCAAGACCAUCACGCUGCAGGACGUGCACUCCGACCUGGACGUGUACGACCUGAAGUGCAUGAUUGACGAGCUAGAGGGCAUCCCACCGGACGAGCAGCGGCUCGUCUUCGCGGGCAGGCAGCUCGAGGACGCUGACACCCUGGCGUCCUACAACAUCUCAAAGGAGUCCACCCUGCAUCUCAUCCUGAGGCUGGGCCACCCAGGCGUGGCGAUCCAGGUGUCAUGAGGGGCGGCGGCUGGCGGCGGGAGUGGCGGGUGGGUGCUGGCGGGUGCGGUGGAUGUGGUGGCGGGUGGCGGGCGGCGGGUGGUGGGUGAUUGCCUGCUGUGGGCGCGGCUGAAGGGGUGGCGGGGCGGUGGCGGAGCGGUGGCGGGGUAGUGGCAGGGAGGUGGUGACUGGCCGGGGGAGGGGUGACAUUCAUGUUCUUAUCAGGAAAAGGGGCCGGGGAAGAGGUAGGUGUAAUGACGGGUAUCUGCCCCGGACCUCUGGGACGUGCCACCUACUACCAUCCGUAGUAGCAGGGUGUGCCACGCGAGCUGACGAACAGCACGAAGUGCCGCAGCGCAUGCGCGGAUGUGCACAUGUGUGCAGCUGGCAAUCGCAACUUGAGGUGCUGUGUGAAUUGCAUCGCGUUGUGCUGCAGAUUCAUAACAUGCUUUGGGAAUAGAUGCGAUGGGACGGGGUAAGUGGCAGGAUUGCGUAGUCCCGUGGUGUGCACAGCGUAUGCUCUGUUGCCAGAAUGUUUAGGGCUGGGUAGCGGUACAAGUGAGGCGGGCAAGGCCCAUUCCCUUACGGCUCUAGGCAGAAAGAAGCAAUGGGCUGAAGUGACGCUGGAUGAGUGGCCAGUCUGGUCGGUAGGGUGGCCGGUGUGCUCUCAGGCUUGACUGCCAAUAGACCUCUGAUGAUGACACGAGCUCACGCCGUCUGCUUUGUGAACGUGUACAGGAUGCGGAAGACUGGCUACAUGCAGCAGCCGUCCGUCAGCCCCCCUGGUCAGCCCGGAGCGAGCAGAGUGUCGGUGGAGGUAUUGGAUUGACAGAUUCAUAACAUGCUUUGGGAAUAGAUGCGAUGGGACGGGGUAAGUGGCAGGAUUGCGUAGUCCCGUGGUGUGCACAGCGUAUGCUCUGUUGCCAGAAUGUUUAGGGCUGGGUAGCGGUACAAGUGAGGCGGGCAAGGCCCAUUCCCUUACGGCUCUAGGCAGAAAGAAGCAAUGGGCUGAAGUGACGCUGGAUGAGUGGCCAGUCUGGUCGGUAGGGUGGCCGGUGUGCUCUCAGGCUUGACUGCCAAUAGACCUCUGAUGAUGACACGAGCUCACGCCGUCUGCUUUGUGAACGUGUACAGGAUGCGGAAGACUGGCUACAUGCAGCAGGCCAGUCCCCACCACCCCGUGAGGGGCCGGGAUCAGUAGUCCUUACCUUACUAAUGUGUGGAAAUGGACGGUCUUAACUCUUCAC